CUGCAUCAUAAUCUAGCGGAAGUCUUGUGAUAUGUCAUAUGCACUCUCUGUCAUGGAUGUCAUAUUGGCAGUCGAUGGCAGGCUGGAAUUUGGACAACUGCGCCGUGCUAUGGGAGUUUCAAGCGUUAGCGCCUUGCCAGCAGACUUCUGUGCGUCUACUGGUGUAGUGCUUCCGCAAUCGUAUGCUGUGACAGGUGAUCUCGGUCCGUGCAGGACUUUCCUCGCCAAGUUGGAGUAUGAUAUAGUAACACGAUUGUCUUACACCGUGACACGUUUAGUUCCACUUGCUCCCAUGCCACACUCCCUAGCUCAAUCCUCCACCAACUCUUUCACGACAACCAACGAUGGCCUCUUUCAGAUUCUGGGAGAACCCAAAUUAUUAUGAUAGGACCACCAAACGAACUGACAGCAAGAGGCGGAUGAAAAUAAUCAGGUCCUAUGCUCCCGAUUGGACCAUCACAAUUCUUUUAGCGAUCGUGUUCUUUGCCCUCGACGGCGUGCACGGCUUCCGACGAGAAUUUUCGGUGCAUGAUGAAACCAUACUUUUUCCGUUUGCAGUUCAUGAACGUGUUCCGGAUGUUGCCCUAUACUUUAUUGCAAUUGUGGCGCCGCUCGUCAUUCAAUUGGUAGUAAAUUUAUUCACCGUUCGGUCCUUCUGGGAUUACCACUGCAGCGCACUGGGGCUCGUCUUGGGGCUUGCUAUCACAGGUGCCAUAACUCAGUUUACGAAGAUCACUGUUGGCCGUCCCCGUCCAGAUCUGCUCGCACGAUGCAUGCCGAUUCCAGGUUCCUCGGACCCUACUUUUGGACUCUCGACAGAUGCAAUAUGCACAAACACCGACACAGCUAUCAUGAUCGAUGGUUGGAGGAGCUUCCCCAGUGGCCACUCCAGCUUAUCCCACGCCGGACUUGGCUUCCUAUCGUACUACUUGGCCGGAAAGAUGCACCUGUUUGAUACCAGGGGCCACGCUCACAAAGCUUGGAUUUCUGUCACUCCUAUCUUUGGAGCUAUCCUGGUGGCGAUUUCCCGCACCAUGGACUACCGGCACCACUGGCAAGACGUCGUAGCGGGAUCCAUACUCGGACUGGUUGUUUCAUAUUUUGCGUAUCGCCAAUACUUUCCUUCGCUGUCAUCACCGAUGUCUCAUAAGCCGCAUCCUCCAAGAGUACGACGCGAAGAGGAGCUGCCUACUGCCAACCCCGCAAUUGACCACCACAGUCUGUCCUAUACAGAUGGUAUGGACGUAGAAGAAGUGGAGUUGGUUGGUGGUGGUGUGCGCAAGCCUGAUCCAGCUCUCGCUGGGAGAGAAGAGGCCGACAAUGGCACACCCCACCUUUAAGUGUUUUCAAACUUCAUUGGACAUUUGAUCGAGUUCUUUUUCGUCAUCCUUUUCUGAACAAUUUCUGUAGCCGUACAUAAUCACGUAUUGCAUGUAGUAUGACAUGGGCAAAGAAUUCAAGUUACUGCACCGAUGACUG